CAGGCGCAGCUGUCACCAUGGCCGACGACAAGUGGACGGAGAGUGUGAGGAGUGUGAAGGGAGUGAUUUUGGACAUGUGCGGAGUGCUGUACGACAGCGGGGAGGGAGGAGGAGUGCCCAUAGAGGGAUCGGUGGAAGCGGUUAAAAGGCUGAAGGCUUCAGACCUGCAGCUGAGAUUCUGCACUAAUGAGACUCAGGCCACGCGGGAGAAGUUUGUGGCGAAGCUCUGCAGGAUGGGAUUUGAGAUCAAUGUCAGCGAGGUGUUCCCUCCUGCCCCGGCCGUGGUGUCCGUCCUGAAGCAGCGCAACCUCAGACCCCACCUGCUGGUGCAUGACGAUGUGGUGCCGGAGUUUGACGGUGUGGAUAAGAGUAAUCCGAACUGUGUGGUGAUCGGAGACGCUGCAGAUAAUUUCUCUUAUGAGAAUAUGAAUGCUGCGUUCCGUGUUCUGAUUGGACUGGAGAAACCAGUGCUCUUCUCAAUGGGCAGAGGGCGCUACUAUAAAGAGACGGACGGUCUAAAGCUGGAUGUUGGAGUGUAUAUGAAAGCUCUUGAGUAUGCGUGUGAUGUAGAGGCGGAGGUGGUGGGGAAACCUGCCCCCAUGUUCUUCCAGACUGUUCUAAAUGACAUGGGUCUCCAGCCUCAUGAGGUGUUCAUGAUCGGGGAUGAUCUGGUGAAUGAUGUGGGCGGGGCUCAGCAGUGUGGCAUGAAGGGUCUUCAGGUCAGAACGGGAAAAUACAGGCCAAGCGAUGAGAGACACCCUACAGUAACCGCUGAUGGAUACGUCGACAACCUGGCCGCUGCUGUGGAUGCCAUUCUGAAACAUCGCUGCCCAUAGGUCCUGAUUAAAGCAAUCACCAGUAUCCACCUUCUGAGCCUCAAACUGACCAUACACUGUUUAAUCUAAAUAUUAUACACACAUAUACAGUACACACAUACAGUGAAAAGUUUGGACACACCCCUUCUCAUUUCAGGUUUUAGCUCUUUAGCUUCUUCAAAGUAGCACAUUUUGCUUCCUCUUGAGUCCACAGUUAAUCCUGUUGGAUGUGGUUCGUCCUUCUUGGUGGUAUGCUGACAUUACCCUGGAUACCGUGGCUCUUGAUUCAUCACAAAGACUUGCUGUCUUGGUCACAGAUGCGCCAGCAAGACGUGCACCAACAAUUUGUCCUCUUUUGAACUCUGGUAUGUCACCCAUAAUGUUGUGUGCAUUGCAAUAUUUUGAGUAAAACUGUGCUCUUACCCUGAUAGUUGAACCUUCACACUCUGCUCUUACUGGUGCAAUGUGCUAUUAAUGAAGAUUGUUCACCAGGCUGGUUUAAUUUAGCCAUGAAACCUCCCACACUAAAAUGACAGUUGUCCUUUAUAGCUUUUGAGUUUAUAAUAUUAAUCUACAAUGUGGUAAAUAAUACAAGUAAAGAACAUCUAUUAAUGAGAAUAUGUGUCCAAACUUUUGAUUUGUACUGUAUAUAUACAUGUAGUUUAUUAGAGCAAGUAGGAAAGUUUCACAUUGGAAAGCACAACACUGACCUCACUGUUUUAUGGCAGCGUCUAAAGUCUAAUCAGAAGUUGUGUAUUUUAAAUGUCUUUAUGGUUAUUACUGUCACCACUUGUAAUAAAGAGAGUGUUUAAAGGAAUAGGCCAACCUGAUCUGUUUUAUGAUCUGUAUCUGUGGAACACUGGCCAUUAAAAAUCUGCUGCUGAUUAAAAAAAUAAUAAUAGUAAUAAUUAUUGGCAAUUACGCUAUAUACAUUUAAUGUAACAUAAAACAAUAAAAAGAUUAAGUCAACUA